UGAUGAUGACAUCCCUAAAGAGACGGUGUCUCCUGCUCCUUGCUGCCUUCCUCCUUCUGUCCUUCGUUCCCACAGUAACUGAAGUGGUGGAUUCAAUGGCAGACUGUGCUGAGUUUCUUCUUGAGCAAACUCCACCACAGGUCCCAGAAGUCUUGGAGGGCGGCAACAUCCUGAACCAGAAACGAUACAAACCCAUUUGCCAGACUUUUAAGAACAAGAAAAGGUUUGUGACGCUCUACGACACAGAGAACAAGAUUCCUGUGUUUUCUGCUUACAAGUAUAGAGGGGAAAAACAGAUUGACAGAAACGAAAAACAGAAGAAAAGACCCCCUUGGAAAAUAGAGCCACAGCUGGAAGAAAAAAACACCAACAACAUGAGGGAUGACAGAUUAACCUGCCAGGCCAGCAACGAUGAUUAUAAGAAUAACAUUGAUUAUAAUAGAGGCCACUUAUUUCCAAAUAGUCACGCAUUUGAUAAAGAUGACAAAAUCUCAACGUUCACCCUGACAAACAUCGUUCCACAAGCAGUGUCUUUCAAUGGUGGCAGCUGGGAAAAAAUGGAGACCUGUGUCAAAUGCGUCCUGGAAAAGUAUUGCAUCAACAAUAAUGGUGUCAUUGAAGGCUUUGUAGUGACAGGAGCAAUGCCCGGCAACAACAAACUGAAGAAGAAAAUUAAUAUACCAUCCAUUCUCUGGUCAGCAUUCUGCUGUUACAGUCACAACUUGCAGAAGUGGAUAGCAAGUGCUCACUGGGGGGAAAACAUUGCAGAACCUAAUUCUAAAUAUCUGCAGACAAAGACUUUGAAAGAACUCCACCAAAAAGUGAGCACAAGGGAAAAAAGAUUUGAGGUGUUUCCCAGAACACAGUGCCCUCUCGACACAACUGUUGCUGAGUUCUUCCCAGAAAUGAUAACAACCUGCAAGUGCCCACCCCAAGCUUCAACAACAUCUGACCCGCCCACUACCACAACUACCGUUUCAUCAACUACUGCUACUCCUACCUUGAUACUUACAACUCCAGAAACAACAACUACUAUUUUACCAACAACCACUCCGCCUCCAACCACAACUUCUGUCUCAUCAACUACCACUGCUACUGACCCACCAUCGACACCUAAACCCCAAACUACUACAUUUCCACCAACAACCAUACUCUCUACAACUACCACUAAAGCUACAACUACUACUUCUACUACAACUACAACCACCACAAGAAAUACAAAGAAGGAAAAGAAUAAUUCAGUAAGUAACAGGGGUAGUGGGCAAGGUGGUGGUGAUGCAGGACAAGUUGGUGGUGCAGUGGCAGGUGUUGUUGCAGUAGUUGGUGGUGCAGUGGCAGAUGGUAGUAUACUGGGAGGUGGUGCUGCAAAAGGAGUUGGUGGUGCAGUGGCAGGUGGUAGUAUACUGGGAGGUGGUGCUGCAAAAGGAGUUGGUGGUGCAGUGGCAGGUGGUAGUAUACUGGGAGGUGGUGCUGCAAAAGGAGUUGGUGGUGCAGUGGCAGGUGGUAUUGUGCAGGGAGGUGGUACUGGAGUAGGAGUUGGUGAUGCAGUGGCAGGUGGUAGUAUCCUGGGAGGUGGUGCUGCUGUAGGAGGUGGUGCUGCAGUGGCAGGUGGUAGUAUCCUGGGAGGUGGUGCUGCUGUAGGAGGUGGUGCUGCAUUGGCAGCUGGUAGUAUCCUGGGAGGUGGUGCUGCUGUAGGAGUUGGUGGUGCAGUGGCAGGUGGUAGUAUCCUGGGAGGUGGUGCUGCUGUAAAUGUUGGUGGUGCACUGGAAGAGGGUGUUCCCACAGUGCCUGCUAUGUCUCAAAGUUCCCUUAGCAUAUCUGCCUCUCUUACCUCUGGCCAUGAUACUACCACAACUAGCAUUCCCUCAACUACUGCAUCUUCUAGUACCACUAUACCUGUAACUAUAGAAACACCAACAAUCAGCAUUACAUUAACAGCCACUGCUCCAUCAAUCACAGCAUCUAUCCCAUCAACAAUAACUGCAACUUAUAUAACUAUUGAACCCCAAACUAACACAGCCAACCUGAUAUCAACGACAAACAUUCCUGGAACUACUGAACUCCAAACUAACACAACCAAUCAGACAUUAGCGACUAUCAUUCCUACAACUAUUGAACCCCAAACUAACACAACCAACCAGACACCAACAACCUUCAUUCCUACAACUUCUGAACUCCAAACUAACACAACAAACCAGUGUGAUGGCAAUUCAAGUUUUCAAAUAAACAGGUCAGGCAAACACUUCUGUGAAUUUUAUUACAGUCUUUUGCAGAAGGACUCACAGCAACACACAUACGCUGUAUACAUGUAUGCUCAAAUGAGUGCAGAGAGCUCAGUGAUCCUAGUAUUUAUCCAGCUUUAAGAUAUUUCGACUGUUACAUUUACACAGAUUAAGUGCCACAUCAUACAAGUCUCCUUGAGUCCAGGGUUACAUACAAUUUGUUUGGAAUUCCAAUUACACCAGACAUCAGCAACUAUCACUCCUUCAGCAUAAAACACAAACAAACACAACCACUUUCAACCAAUCAGACAUUAGCGACUAUCAUUCCUACAACUAUUGAACCCCAAACUAACACAACCAACCAGACACCAACAACCUUCAUUCCUACAACUUCUGAACUCCAAACUAACACAACAAACCAGUGUGAUGGCAAUUCAAGUUUUCAAAUAAACAGGUCAGGCAAACACUUCUGUGAAUUUUAUUACAGUCUUUUGCAGAAGGACUCACAGCAACACACAUACGCUGUAUACAUGUAUGCUCAAAUGAGUGCAGAGAGCUCAGUGAUCCUAGUAUUUAUCCAGCUUUAAGAUAUUUCGACUGUUACAUUUACACAGAUUAAGUGCCACAUCAUACAAGUCUCCUUGAGUCCAGGGUUACAUACAAUUUGUUUGGAAUUCCAAUUACACCAGACAUCAGCAACUAUCACUCCUUCAGCAUAAAACACAAACAAACACAACCACUUUCAACCAAUCAGACAUUAGCGACUAUCAUUCCUACAACUAUUGAACCCCAAACUAA